AUGGCCACCAAGAGCGUAUUCGAUGUGCCAACUGAACAAUGGGCCCAAGUUGUUGAGGAAAACGAUGUAACGUAUAAGAAAAUACCCGUUCCAAAGCCAGGACCAGAUGAGGCUUUGGUCCAUAUUCUGUACUCCGGUGUCUGUCACACCGAUCUACACGCCAUGAGAGGUGACUGGCCUCUCAAACACAAGACACAACUUGUGGGCGGUCACGAAGGCAUCGGUGUUGUAGUGGCGAAAGGCGAUCUUGCCAAAGGCGUUGAUAUUGGCGAUUACGUGGGAAUAAAAUGGCUCAACGGCUCUUGCUUAUCCUGCGCUUUUUGUAUCAACGGAGACGAGCCUCAGUGCCCAGACGCCUUACUUUCUGGAUACACUGUGGAUGGCACAUUCCAGCAGUACGCCACUGGGAAAGCGAUGCACUUGACACAGAUUCCAAAGGAUUGUGAUCUAUCUGCCGCUGCACCAAUCCUGUGUGCGGGCCUCACGGUGUACAAAGGUCUUAAGGAGUCCGGAGCACGCCCUGCGCAAUUUGUUGCAGUCAUCGGGGCCGGCGGCGGUUUAGGAUCUCUGGCUAUCCAGUAUGCCAAAGCCAUGGGCCUCCGUACCAUUGCGGUAGAUGCUGGAGAGGUAAAGGGGAAAUUCUGCAGAUCGCUUGGUGCAGAUGCUUACUUUGACUUCACCAAGUCUAAUGACCUUGUCAAGGACAUCAAAGCAGCAACACCUGAUGGCCUCGGUCCUCAUGCGGCGUUGGUUAUCGCUGCGAAGGAGGACCCGUUUCAUCAAGCAACUGAGUAUGUUCGCCCUCGUGGAACCGUAGUAUGUAUAGGUAUGCCCAAGGAGGCUCAGAUCAAAGCUUCGGUCUUCGACGUUGUGGUGCGUAUGCUGUCCAUCAAGGGUAGCUAUGUUGGAAACCGCGCAGACGCAAACGAGGCGGUGGAAAUUUUUAGAGCAGGGCUCGUCAAAGCCCCUGUUACUGUAGUCCCACUAAGCAAAUUAUCUGAGGUUUUCGAUGCUAUGGUUUCGGGGGAUAUUAUUGGACGAUAUGUCCUCGAUACUUCUAAGUAA